AUCGAGUAUUUACUUGUAUCGAUUGAAUCCUAAUCAUAUUUUGUAAACAUCUAAAAUCUAAUAAUUAAUACGUAAAUAACAUGGAUGUCGCCGAAUUGCUUUCGUUCAAGCCGGAACAGACUCCAAAGCGUCCUCACGAGGAUGAUGAUGAUUAUUUGGCGAAUUCGGCAGAAGAAAGAACUUCCAUAGACUCGAAAAGAGAGGCAAAAUCAAAACGAAUGCGUCGAAUUGAACGGGCAAAGGAAUCUGCAGACUUCGUGAAGCCCGAUGUUCCAUCUUUAGAUGCAUUGUUUGGUCCUGAACUUACUGAAGAAGAAAGAAUGAAUAUAUUAAACUACGUUGAAAAUGAAGAUGCGGAAGGUGACGUACUUGACGAAGUUGGAUUAAAAAAAUUGUUGCUUGUUUUUGAAAAACGGAAUUUGAAAAAUCAGGAAAUGCGUAUCAAAUAUCCUGAUAAUCCAGAAAAAUUCAUGGAAUCGGAGGUUGAUCUGCAUUCAAUUAUACAGGAGUUGAAGGGCGUUGCAACCGUACCAGAUCUUUAUCCAGUGUUGGUGGAAUUGCACGGCAUCCCAAGCAUAUUGGAGUUGCUCGCACAUCCAAAUACAGAUAUUUCAGUUGCGAUCGUAGAUCUUUUGCAAGAAGUUACCGAUGUAGACAUAUUAGGUGAAAGUAGUGAAGGUGCGGACGUGUUAAUUGAGGCUUUACGUAAACAACAGGUAUGUGCCCUUUUGGUACAAAAUUUAGAACGACUUAAUGAAGAAAUUAAAGAAGAAGUUGAUGGCGUACACAACUCUCUAGCAGUUGUUGAAAAUCUCACCGAAAUGCACAGUGACAUCGUACGGGAAGCGGCUGAACAAGGUUUACUCGGUUGGCUUUUAAAACGGCUUAAGCAAAAGUCGCCUUUCGACCCGAAUAAACUCUACUGCAGCGAGAUACUUUCUAUAUUAAUUCAGACGAAUAAUGAGAAUCGUCUAAUGCUUGGAACUAUAGAUGGCAUCGAUGUUUUGCUUCAGCAAUUAGCGAUUUAUAAGCGGCAUGAUCCAUCAUCGACAGAAGAACGAGAAUACAUGGAAAAUUUAUUCAACUGCCUUUGUUCCGCAUUAAUGGCGAAGGAAAACCGGGAACGCUUUCUUAAAGGGGAAGGCUUACAACUGAUGAAUCUAAUGCUAAGGGAGAAAAAAAUGUCGCGAAAUGGUUCACUUAAGGUUCUUGAUCAUGCCAUGUCAGGACCAGAUGGUCGCGAAAACUGUAAUAAAUUCGUGGAUAUACUUGGCUUACGGACGAUUUUCCCAUUGUUUAUGAAAACUCCCAAACGGAACAAGCAGCGCCUAUUGUCAACAGACGAACAUGAAGAACAUGUUUGUUCGAUAAUAGCAUCGAUGCUAAGAAACUGCAGAGGAGCGCAAAGACAAAGAUUGCUCUCAAAAUUCACUGAAAAUGAUCAUGAAAAAGUUGACCGAUUGCUUGAGUUGCAUUUAAAGUAUUUGGAAAAGGUUGAAUCCGUAGACCGGGAAAUCGAUCAACAGGAAAAGAAUACUGAAAUCGAUGAAGACGAGGAAGCGGAAAAUAAUUACAUCAAGCGACUAACUGGCGGCCUUUUUACUCUUCAGCGAAUCGACUAUAUAAUUUUAGAAGUAUCAGCCACUGCGGAUACCGUAAAGCAACGUGUCGUGCAGAUUUUAAAUUUACGUGGUGCUUCGAUGAAAACCAUUAGGAACGUGAUGCGAGAAUACGCUGGAAAUCUGGGUGAUGAUGGUGAUGCCGAUUGGAAAGAACAGGAGCAAUCUCAUAUUGUUUCUUUGAUUGACAGAUUUUAAAUUAAAUUAUGUGUCACGGAUGACUUGUGUAUUAUUUAAAAUAAUCAAAUUAAAGUUGAUGUUACAUUUACCAUGAAAUUAGA